AUGGAGACGGCAAGAACAGUAAAAGACGUGUCCCCUCAUGUGUUCGUCAAGGCCUACGCUGCUCACCUGAAACGCUCUGGCAAAAUUGAGCUUCCUGACUGGACGGAUAUUGUGAAGACUGGUACAUUCAAGGAGCUUGCUCCGUAUGACCCUGAUUGGUACUAUAUUAGAUCUGCAUCCAUGGCGAGGAAAAUCUACUUGAGGGGUGGUCUUGGUGUUGGUGCCUUCCGCAGGAUUUAUGGAGGAAGCAGGAGGAAUGGCAGUCGCCCACCCCACUUCUGUAAAAGCAGUGGCGCUGUUGCUCGUCAUAUACUUCAGCAAUUGCAGAAGAUGAACAUUAUUGACCUUGACUCCAAAGGUGGAAGGAAAAUCACAUCCAAUGGCCAGCGGGAUCUCGACCAAGUUGCUGGACGGAUUGCUGUUGCAAUCUAA